CUCUCAAUAAACCACCAUCCCAAAACACCACUGCCAACACACCGUGUACAUUACCACCACCAGAAUGCCAAACCCAACAAUAAUAAUCAUCGGCGCCUCAGUCGCAGGCCUACCCAUCGCGCACGCCGUCCUCAAAAACAACCGCCACAAAACCCCGAAAGCAAAAGCAAAAGUAAUCCUCAUCAACCCCUCGCGCGACUUCUACUGGAUGAUCGCGGCGCCACGGAUCCUCAGCAACCCGGACGCCUUCACGAAAGCCCAGUAUCUAGUGCCGAUUGAGCCAGGCUUCGCGAUCUACCCGCGCGAGGAAUUCGAGUUCGUGCAUGGGUACGCGAUCGCGCUUGACACCUCUGCUAAGAGCGUUAGUGUCUCUCUGAGCAACUCGAAUACGAAUGCUACAACGGAGUACACAUAUACGCACCUGGUGAUCGCGAGUGGGAGCACGACGCCCUCGUCGAUAGCUGGUUCGGCUACGCCGACGCCGCUGUACCCUUUCAAGCCGCCGCCGCCUCCUCCGAGCACGAACCAGCCAGAGGCUGGCGUGGAGUUAGGGGAGCUAAUCGCCACAGCGCAAGAACGCAUCGCUACCGCGAAGCGGAUAACCAUUGGCGGUGCAGGGCCGAUCGGAGUCGAGACUGCGGGGGAGUUGGCGGAGAUAGAGUCCAAGCCUGCUAUCACGCUGAUCUCGGGGACGGAGCGGCUGCUGCCUAGUCUUUCGCCGGGGGCUAGUGCGGCGGCCGAGGCGCAGUUGUUGGCACGGGGGGUCUACAUUGUUAAAGGCGUGAAGGUCGUGGGAUUUACGCCUUCUUCUUCGGAAAGCGAGUCCGGUAAGGACGGGGGUGGAACGGUGACCCUUUCUGACGGGACUACGCUCGAUACGGACGUGUAUAUCCCGACGACGGGCGUGUUGCCUAACAAUGGCUUCUUGCCGGCGGAGAUCCUGGAUAAGGAUGGUUGGGUGCGUGUUGAUGACCAGCUGCGUGUGCCGGGGCUUGAGGGUGUCUGGGCUGCUGGCGAUAUCACUGCUCACCCUGCGAGGCUUGCGCAGAGUGCUGUUGCGCAGGCACGGGUUGUUGCGGGGAAUUUGGUGAGGGUGAUUAAUGGGGAUGAGGGAGGGAAGAGGAAGGUGUAUGCGCCGCCGGGCACGCCGUUGAUGGUUGUGCCGAUUGGGAAUGGCGGGGGCACGGGGCAGUUGUUCUUUGGGUGGGUGCCGUGGGCGUGGGUGGUUUGGUUGGCGAAGGGGCGGGAUUAUUUUAUUGGGAAGGCGAAGAGUGCGGUGUUGGGGUGA